AUGGGUGUAUGGGGUGAAGAUGGUUGUACUGGCAUACCAAUGAGCAUAUAUACACAACCAGGAUGCAUACCGGUAGACGGGAGAUUGGUUAUGUCGUUUGCGCUUAUAAAACUAACUUCUGUAUUAGAAAUAAUUGACCUAAGAGCUGCUGCAAUGACUAAGAACACAGUAGUAAUCGCGAGGAACUGUCUGAGCAACAAAUACUGA